GAUUUCACAACUCAAAUCAGUCAGUCAAAUUCUAUUCUGAUUUACUAUAAAAUAUUUUAAAAAUUAAAAAAGCAUAUUUAUAUUUUUUGCGUGUUACACAAAAUUUUCCAGAAACAAUUUCAAUAAUUAAAAAUGUCUAAUAACGAAGUAUUAUACGUUAAGGGAAUGAACGUUUCAGAAUCUGAUGGUGAUGAUGAUGAACAAGACAUCUGGGAUGACAGAAAGCUCAACGAUGCAUAUGAUAAAGCCUUACGAAUCGCCAAUGCAGAAGUAGCCAAGAGAAUUGCAAUGUCUACAAAUACACAACGGAAAAAUAGUGGUCAGCCUGAUGACAAAAAAGAGAAAAUUUUUGCAAAGCCAAGUUUGUCAAAGGGUAAAAAAAAGGAAUCAAAUACAAAAUGGAAAUCAGGAAUGCAUUGCAGAGCAGUGUAUGAAGAGGAUGGAUGUGAAUAUGAAGCCUUCAUAUUGACAAUAUUAAAUGAAAAAGAAUGUGUUGUAAGAUUUUUAGGUUAUGAGAAUUCAGAAAUUGUGCCUAUAAGUACAUUAAAGCCGACCUUAGGUAAGAAUGAGAGGACUAAGCAGAUUGAGGAGGCGCUACAAGAUAAAGUCGAAAAUCCUUAUGCAAGUACAUCAGAGCCUGAUCAAAUGGAGUUAGGGACUAGCAGAGAUGAAGGCACUUCAAAUCCUGACCUCACACAAGAAGAAAGAUCAUUCAGUAGAAAACAGAAAGCAAAAAAGAAAAAGAAUAAUCAAAAUAAGUAUAUCAAUGGGUUUGAACUCCCAGAACUGCCACUGCCGGUGCCUAAUUUGACGAUGUUAUCGAAUCAUGGUUCAAACGAUAUGCCGUUGCCUCCCCCGCCACCACUAGGUUUCCAAUCGUCAAACAGAAGUGAUUCCGAAGAUCAGGCAAUAUCUUCAAUGCUGCUUAGUUGGUACAUGAGCGGAUAUUACACAGGGCUCUAUCAGGGCCUUAAAAGAGCUCGAGAUGGCAGAAGAAAUCCCUAACAAACAAUAUUGUGUAGGAAAUAAAAAAAAAUACGUGUUUUAAAUAAUUUUUAUUUUAUUUUUAGACUCACAUAAAUUGAACAAAUAAAAAUAGAAAUGUGGCUAUUAUGUAAACAAUAAAUAAAAUUAUGCCUCCAGUUUCCUGUGUAUACUAUGUACAAAAUUUACAUUUUGAUACAUUAAUGAUUUUUUCGUUGCAUACUCGGACCAAGAAAAAAGUAUAAAUAAUACUAUGGAAUUACAGAUUCUGAAAAAUAUUAGCAUUUUUCAGUAAGUAUUUUAUUAAAGUUUCAAAGUUGCUUCAGAAUAUCCUUGAUAUUUAAAAUUUUAUGCUGGCAAUACCUUUACAAAAAAAAUUAGACAAGCAUAGAUUAAAAAUAGAACAAUGACAAGUGCUGAUGUGUGCAUGAUGACGAAUACAUAAGAUAGUGUAUUUAUUUUGAUUAUAUAUGAUAUCGAAAAUUGUACGAUUUAACUAUUUUUAUAAUAUGAUAUCUAGUUUAUACUUUUUUAUUGGUCUGAAGUCGCAUUGUUAAUAUUCUAUCACUGAUUGGUGGGUUCACAUUUUUAUUACUAAAGUUACAUAUCGUUCUUCAACAGGCAGUUUGCAUGCGUAGUGUCGUCUUUGUCCCUCUCAUUACUAUAUAUAAUGAACGACAGAGAUAGAAAUGUAUAUAUAUUAAUGUUUCUUGAAAAUGCUCAAUAUUAUUAAUUCGAGUAAUAAAUUUUAAAUAAAA